CGCAUGCGCAGCUGUUAUUUACUAUCCUGUAUUAUUUGCGGCAUCACAUUAUCAUCUACCUAACCUAUAUCCUAAAAAUAUUAUAAAUAUCAUAUUUCUUUACUGAGUUUGUAGAAUUAUAUACGAAUUGUUUCUUAAAAUGUCACAAAAAUAUGGUAAAGAUCUUGUAAUCCGUGACGCGAAAAAGGAAGAUAUGAAAGCAGUAGCUCAAAUGAUACAGGAACUAGCAGAUUUUGAAAAAAUGCCUAAUGGACCCAAAUUGUCUGUAAAAGAAUUAGAACAUGACGGCUUUGAAAGACAACCACCUGCAUUCAGAUGCAAGGUUGCUGAGGUGCAAAGUGCGAGGUCAUUGGUGGGGUAUGCUCUGUACUUCCCAACUUACUCCACUUGGGAGGGCGUGUCCAUGAUGUUGGAGGACCUGUACGUGCGGCCUGAGGAGCGGCGGCGUGGUGUCGGCAGGAGAUUGUUUGAUGCUAUUGCCAAAGAAGCAGUUGCCAGCGGUAGCUCUCGUCUAGACUUCCACGUGCUGGAGUGGAAUCCUGCUAGAACAUUCUACAAUGCUAAAGGUGCUGAGAACCUAACCAAGUCGGAACAGUGGUGCUACUAUCGUCUGAGCGGGCAGGCGCUGAAGGACUCCGCCCUCUCCUCCGGAGAGACAUGAAUAAAAACAAUAUGUGCUCGAAUCAUGUAUUUUACAUAGCAAUAGUACAAUCUGUACAUAAUAUUUCUGUUAUUGUAGCCUUAAGUACUGUGAUACAAUCUGUGCAAAGUUCGACUGUUUACAAGUCCUAUUGUAAUUCACUAAUUAAACCUAAUAUGUACAAAGUAAUUAUUUAAUAAAUGCCAUUUAUGCAACUAAACUAGCUCCUCGUUUAUCACAUCUCAUAGAGAGUGAUCUCACUAUGCAUUUAAAACUUUUUCGUUAUAAAUUAUCGUAAGAUAUUCCUGUCAAUUUUGUCCGCCAUCUUAAUUUCUAUCAUGGCGGGAAAUUGUAUGAUAUCAUAAAAGAAAAAUGAUAAUUUGGUCCGCCAUUUUAAUUUCUGUUAUGGCGGGAAAACAGUAUGUCAAAUGAAGAAAAAAGAUACGGAAGACGGCUGUAGGGGCUUAGACUCUUUGCCUUUCGUAUAAGGAUAAACAAAACUAAAAAAAAAUAAAUUAACAGCUUGUCGAUUGACAGAAAAUUAUAAAGAGACCAUUAUGUGAUAGAACUCCGCGGCUUGAAUUUUACUUAAAUAAACCUGUAAGCCGUGGAAUGUAAAUAGUGUAAAGUAGGCUCAAAUUAACUGUUUCAGACCGAACGGUACUGAAAACGCUGUUUGAUUACCGCAUGUUCACAGAACGCCGUUAUUUGCUGCUCAGAGUCUGAUAUGUGAGCGUACUCUACCUGUCUCACGGUCUGAUCUACUAAAAUCCAGGCCGUGGGUCUCCAGCUGUUUUCCUAGUUCUUACUCAUUGUUAAACUAUUUAGCUAACAUAUAUAGGUGUCGAUAUAAAUACUGUUUAAUACUUUAAUAGCAAUAUUAGCAUAUUCCAUAUUCACAAUAUUCAUCCACAACCAGAGCAUUAGCAGAUGUAUACUCAGUGUUAGUUAACAAUAAACGUAAUUUUUAACCAACAUUUAUUUAAAAGGACGACAUAAAAGCUUGCUUAUUCUUCUAUGGGCUAAAAAGGCUUGCUAUCCAGAGCCGUAAAAGAGUGCGUUCCGAAUGAGCGGUAGAAUUAAAAUUAAAUUAACAUAUGACUUAAAAAUGCUUAUAUUAAGUUUUUUUAAUAAAGAUUAUUUCUCUUCUAUUUGUUGAGGAUAAAUAUUAUGAAUUAAUGUUUUAAUAUAGUAUUAAAUAUAUACUAUAGUAAGUAAUAGUAGUUUCAUUAUAGUUUCAGUCGGUACCUACAUCUUCCUACGUAGAAAUACACAUAAAAUACAGUUGGUCUUAUUUAAAAAUAUUCGGGUAACAUGAAGUUUUAGAAUUCUAAAGAAAUUUCAUUAUUCAAAUAACUACUAUAACCAGUUAAGUACGUUAAAUGUGGCGUUCACAAUAUUUCUGACUACCCCAAUCUGGUGUAAGUCGUAAAGAUAUACUAUUAUUAUUGUCUAUAAUAAUUUAACAGUAUUUAUUAUCAUGAACACUAAAAAAAUCAAUACUGCACCAUUUAACUCGUUUCCUUUUGGUUUGGCCUACCAAAAGCAACUUUUUAUCAGUCAUUUCAAACAUUGAUUUAUUAUUUAAGAGGCAACAUAUUUAAAUUGUAGCUUAAUGAUUGUCAAUUAGCAUAGUAUAGAUGCUAUUUUGGUUAUAAAAUUUUAUAAUAUCUUGUGCUCGAUAUAA